GUUCGGGAGCUGCGCGAUCGAGAAUUCGGGGGCACCGAGUGGGAGGACACGCCCAUCAUCCAGGCAUCUUAUGACGAUGUCUUCUCCUUGAUGGACCUGUGCCGGAGCGCCCACGUGAUCGUGAACGUAGCCGGUCCUUACAUGCUGACGCAGGGCGAGCUCCUUCUAGAUUGCUGCUGCCGCUGUGGCACAGACUACUGCGACGUCAGCGGCGAGAUCCCAUGGUCGCAUCGGACGCUAGCGCUGCACGAGCAAGCUCGCAAGAGCAAGGCUACCAUCAUCCCGAGUGCGGCGGUGGCAGGAGGCUACCCGGACAUCUUGACCUUCCUCUGC